AUGUUUUCAGCAUUCAGAUAUUAUGCGAUGGACUAUUUACGUGAGGAUUUAGUUAGAAAGAAGGUCUGCAGAGGUUUAUUUCUUCAGAAUCCUUCAUGUUUAUGUCAAGAUGGAAACAAUAUUGAUGACGAAUAUAGGAGGCCAUGGACAAAAGUCACUGAGGUUUCAGUUCAGGGAAUGACAGAUGACUCACUAUUGGAUGAAUUGAAAGCAGAUUUCUUUGUAGAAGAUUUCCUUGAGCAACAAACAAUUACAGGAAUAGUGAAUCCGAUUAAUGGUGUAUUUGAAGAGAUUGUUCCAAGUUCCAACCCAGACUCUCCAACAAACAUAGAAGACAUCUUAAUUACCCUCAAGGAUGACAGUGCAACCUUUACAUCUAUUGAAAGUUUAGAAAAUUAUCCAGCACUUCAAGCACAGAACCGAGAUUUAAAUAUUGAAGAUGAUAAAAUAAAUUUUGUAAAUGAUUUGGUGACUGAUAAAAGUAAACUACCAACUUUGAAUACUGUUUCAAGUAGAUCAGAACUACUUAUGGUAAAAGGCCUCCUUUUAGAUUUCAAAGAACAGAGCACUGAAGAAGCUGAUUUGUUUAGGGAAUAUUUUUCUUUUCAAGAAGAUUUGGAAGGUUUUUUAAAAGAAAGAUUUUAUGUGGAUAAAGAAAACUUUUGUCAGAAGAAAUUAGUAGGUUUACAUGAGCUAUCAACUUUUCCUUCUCAGUGUGAAUCCUUAAUAUCUACAAAUAUCAGACAAAAAAUUGAUACUCCAUCAUCCUCAGAACCAAAGGAGUCAUUAAAUUUCAUGCCAGAAGUAAUAAAUUAUAUAGAUGAUAGUGAAAAACUUUUGCAAGGAGAUCUCACUACUACACAUGGAGUUGAUACUGAAAAUAUAAAAAGCAGUUCCACAGAAAUAGUGACUAUUCAAAGUCAGAGUGAACCAGAGUGCAGUGAACCAGGAAAAUUGGAAAUAUCACUAUCUAGCCUCAACACAAUAAGCCAACAGUUUUCAGUGAAUUUGUUACAUACAGAACUUCAAACAUUUUCAUUUUCUCCUAUUUGUAAAAUUAGUUCACAUAUUGUUGAAGAAACAGUGAACAAAUAUUCUAUGCCAUGGCAAUUACAAAUCUGCAGAAGCUCUCUCAUCUCAUUUUUGCUUACAGGGCCAACCAUUGAAGAGCCCAACAGACAACAUUCAGUUACAGAGUUGAGAAAAAUCUUUUCUAUCGAAGAAGAAGGGCUUGUGAUUAGUCCCGUAAAGGCAGCAUGUUGGAAACAAGUAGGACUAAAUCCAGUAAUGACAGAAACUUUGGAACAUCUGAAUCCAUAUUUGCACCUUGACAAUCUAUCUUCUAGUGAUAAUAAAAUGGAAAUACACUUGUCUAAAAAAGGACUUCCAUUAGAAUCAUGGCUAGAACAUAAAAGUCAUUCCUUACCUAUCAUACAUAUUAAUAAUAAGAAAUCUAAAAAUGACCACACAGCAUUUCCACAAAAGAGUCUAUCUUCACCAAAUGAAAUACCAGAUCUGCAUGUUUCUGAAGAAUGUGUUUCUGCUAAAAGACAAAAAAGAGAAGAAAACCUAAAGAAUAAUCAAGAACUAACUGGUAGAAUAAUCCAAAAGAAAGAAAAGGAAGAUAACAUUGAACCUGACUGUUCAGUACCAUCUAUUGAAUCAUCUCCAGCUUCAAAAAUUAAGAAAACAUCUUUUGAACAUGAUAAAAAACAGGAGAAUGAUUUGGACCUUUUGAGCAACUUUAUUAUGCUGCGAAAUAAAUAUAAUACUUGCACCUCAAAGACUGAAGACACAGACUAUGACAAAAAAGAUGAAUUUCAACAUAAAGAAGAAUGUUCUUUGAUGCUUCAAAAACAAAGUCCUAUUGUUUCUACUAACAAAACUCUCAAGAACAUAAAUGAAGAAACAGUAGCAGAUAAUGUCAUUGAAAUUCAAGCCUCAGAUACUCAGUGCCAAGCCUUCUAUCUCUUAGAAUCAGCAGCUGCCCCCAUCUUAAAAAAACUUGUGUCCCUUUGUCCUUUUCCUGCUGCUAAUUGGAAAUUUGCCACUGUUCUUUUUGACCAAACAAGGUUCUUCUUAAAAGAACAAGAAAAAGUGAUAAGUGAUAACAUCCCUCAAGGUACAAAUUACGAAAGAGAAAUUAUAUACAAGCAUGCUGCUGUCCUACACCUUCUGGUGACAAUUAGAGAUGUCCUUUUAACAUGCAACUUGGACACAGCAUUGGGAUAUUUGACAAAUGCAAAAGAUGUCUACCAAAACAUUUUAGGCUCCUACUUGGAUGAUAUUUGGAAACAGAUGAAGAUUGUACAAUUUAUCAAAGAUAAAAAGCCUGAAGCAAACCAUAAGUUACAAGAAUUGCAAAAUCAAAUCCUAAUGUGGAUGAAAAGUGAACAACAAAUUACUGUGCUGAUUAUAAUAAGAAUGAACUCAGACAAUGAAAAACAUUUGCUCACUAAAAUCCUUAACAAAAUAGAAGGCUUAACAUUGACUGCUUUCCAUUCAAAUGGAGAAAAAGACUUUCUGGAAUCUACAGCAGUUUUGAAUGGGAAUUACUGUGUAAUUGUAAAUAAUCAAAAUAUUGGAGCAGAUUUUCCCUGGAGGAGUUUCUCAUUUGUUGUGGAAUACAAUCAUGCAGGACAUUCAUGUUGGAAGAUGCAUUGUGAAAAGUUGAACAUUCCCUUUGUGGCCUUUAAAGUGAUUCUUCCAGACACAGUCUUAGCCAGAAGUACCGUGCUGGAUAGAUUUGGUGGUUUUAUUUUGGGAAUUCAGAUUCCAUAUGUGUUUUUUGCAACUGAAGGACUUCUUAAUACCCCAGAAAUACUUCAACUGCUGGAAUCUAACUAUAGUAUCACACUAGUGGAGAGAUGCUGCAGUGAGUCACUGAAACUCUUUGGAAGUACAGAGUAUUAUGUGGUAGUAACAAUUGAUGAACACACUGCUAUAAUUUUACAGGACCUAGAAGAACUGAAUUAUGAGAGAGCAUCAGACAACAUCAUUAUGAGGCUGAUGGCAUUAUCAUUCCAGUAUAGUGAUUGUUGGAUCAUAAUAUAUAUCAAGAGAACCUUAAAUUCAGGGUAUCAUCUUACAGAAAAGACACUUCAUCACCUCGCAUUGAUUUAUGCAGCUUUGGUUUCUUCUGGCCUUAAAUCUGAAGAACUGGAUGUAAAGCUUGUAAUUACUCCAGGAGGAGAAAAGACUGCAUCAAUAAUUCGUCAAAUUGCUGAUCACAGUUUAAUGAGCUCCAAAAGAGAUCCUCAUGAAUGGCUGGAUAAAUCAUGGCUUGAAGUUUUACCAUCCAAGGAAGAAAUGUACUUACUUGAUUUUCCAUGCAUUAACCCAUUGGUGGCUCAGCUGAUGUUAAAUCAAGUGCCUUCGCUGCAUUGGCUAUUAUCAGCAACCCCAUGUCAACUUCAGGAAAUUCUACCCAGCGUUCCAGAAAAAGUGUUAAAGCAUUUUUGUAGCAUCACUUCCUUAUUCAAGAUUAAUUCUUCCUCCAUAACAAAAUCACCUCCAAGUUUAUCACCUCUGGAAGACAGGAAUGAGAUUAGUAACUUUAUUUCUCAGAAUUCAGCUUCAGACCUUUCAGACUCUGCCAUUCAAGAGCAUAAUAAUGACUAUUGCUCAUACUUAGAAUCAGAGGAGACAGUGAAGGAAGACACAAACAUCCCUACAAAUUACAACUCUUCUUUCAUGGAACUAAGAAAAACCCCAUGUAUUUUACCUCCUGUGACUUCUUACACUCUAACCAGCAAUUUGAAAAGCUUUAAUUGUAGCCCCAAUGUUGAACAAAGCAGUCCUUUUCUGAUUAAUACAGCAACCAAGAAAUCAGUUUGUAACUCCUUUCCAAAUCAGAAUGAUCCUGGGUCAGAUAUCUUUUCUUUGGGUCUAACACAGAUAAAUCGUGAAACUCAGAGGGGAACAACCCCUAAUUUCAUAAAUUAUCAGAAAAAAAGACCACAAGGAACAAAAGAAGUAUCUGCCCCUAUGUUUUCAGUAGAGGACUCUCUCUCGUCAUGGGACUUUCGUCAUGGGAACUUUAGGAAAAAUGUAUGUAAGAAACAAAAUCACUCAUUCAACUUGAAAUAUGGAAUAGAGUCUACCUAUGACAAAUGGUACUCUCAAAAAGAUAAUUUACUUACUAAUCAGCAGGAGUCUCUAUCAGAUGAAUUGGAAAGUUUUACAUGUGAAAGUUCAAAUAUUGGGACUACGACUUUGUGGAGACAAUUACCAUCUGUUCCCAGUUUGAAUGUAUUCAGUGUUUCUGACUCUAAUGCAAAUCAAAAAGAAAUCAGCAGCCUUAAUAUGUACCCAAGACCUGGAAAAUGUUCAGGACAGAAAAGGUAUCUUGAAUCAUCAUCUAAUUCAGGAGACAAGGAACCAUUAACAGGGUCAAUGUACUCAAAAUUACCACCACAGAAAAAAAGACGCCUAAUGUAUGAAAAAGUUCCAGGAAGAAGUGAUGGACAAACUCGGCUGAGGUUUUUUUGAGAGAGGGAAUGAGCAGUGUUAAAUGCCAGAUUCUCCUGCUUUUCAUCAUCUAGUAGCAAAAUUAUUUAGAUUUGCAUAUAUAUUUUAAAAUGCCAUUGUUUUCAUGUUCUUAG